CUUGUGAACGCGAUUCGCUCAACCCUCGAACACACCAUCCAGGACCAGCGUCUCCAAGCAUUCUACCCCCCCUCUCCCCAGACUGGCCACCAACUCUCCCAACUUGCAUCACGCGCCGCCGGACGUUUACCAGAGCUGAUCGCCAAGUGGAGAAUUCCGAGAGAACUGGGUGUGGAUCUGUGCAAGUUGGCGUUGUUUGAUGUCGUGUUGUUUGUUGAUGAUAGUGGGAGUAUGGCGUUCGAGGAGAAUGGAGAGCGGAUUGAUGAUUUGAAGCUUAUUUUGUCGCGGGUUGCUUUCGCCACGAGUUUAUUCGAUGAUGAUGGAAUUUCUGUGAGAUUUUUCAACUCGAACGUCCACGGCGACCGGAUCACGAGCGAGCAACAGGCUACGCAGCUCGUGUCUCAAAUCAACUUUACAGGUCUCACACCCCUCGGCACUCAACUCAACGCCAAAGUCCUCGAACCGUUCGUUCUAUCUCCAGCCCGCUCAAACACCCUCCGCAAACCCAUCCUCGUCAUCACAAUCACAGACGGAACCCCCCAGGGCGAACCCCACACAACAAUCUUCACCACAAUCUCUCACGCCUCCUCCACCCUCGCCCGAACCCGCUACGGUCCCGACGCACUAUCUCUCAUGUUCGGGCAGGUCGGGUCGGAUUUGAAGGCGCGUCAGUUUCUGCAGGAGUUGGAUGAGAAUAGGGAGGUCGGGGGGUUGAUUGAUGUCACGUCGAAUUAUGAGAUGGAGGCGGAGCAAAUGACGAGGAGUACGGGAGGGGGAGUUGUGUUGACGCCGGAGAUGUGGUUGGUGAAGUUGUUGCUUGGGGCUGUUGAUUCGAGUUAUGACACGAGUGAUGAGAGG